AUGAUAAAAGAUGAAUCUUUCAUGAAAGCAGCAGCAGCAGCAGCAACGAAUUGGCUAAAUUCGAGGCUGCUUCAUGGGAAAAGCAGGCACGUGCAGUUUCGCAUCGCUCCGUCGCUUCUUCAAUGCUGUCCCGCUGGAAGAUCUCAGCUUGGCCACGCUUUCGUUUCCACGGUCAAUCUCUCGAGCACCUCACAGGCACGCCACCCUCACGAUCUUUCCGUCGACCUCAACCGGACCAAGCAAGCCCACGCCUUGUUGACCAAGACCCACUUCACUCGUACUCACGUGGAUCAUCAACCCCACUUGGGUUCUGCGGCUCGUGUCGAUUUCCUCGUGACAUCUUACAUCAAGAACGGCUCCCCUGAAGCUGCAAUUGGAGUAUACGUGUGCGCGCGUGAAGCUGGUUACGUAUUGGACUGUUUUACCAUACCUUCAGUCCUUAAAGCCUGCGGGCAAGUUUCGUGCUGGCGGGUGGGGAAGGAAAUUCACGGGUUCUCGACGAAGUCCGGAUUUGACGGCGAUGUUUUCGUGCUUAAUUCGAUGGUUUUUAUGUAUGGGGAAUGUGGGCAUGUGGCACUCGCGCGGUCUUUGUUUGACGAAAUGCCCAAAAGGGAUGCUGUUUCCUGGAGCACGAUGAUUCGGUGCUAUCGCCACAUUGGACUAGUUGAGAAAGCGUUAGAAUUGGUGAAGGAAAUGCACAUUGUGAAUGUAAAGCCUAAUGAGGCUGCCCUGGUGAAUAUGGCCAAUCUUUUCGCAGAUUUGGGUAACUUCGGGAUGGCAAAAGCUAUGCAUGCUUAUGCAAUAAGAACUGCAACUGGCGGCUAUGCUGAUGAGAAUAUGGGAGUUAUGUUAAGUACUGCUUUGAUGGAUAUGCAUGCCAAAUGCAGCAACUUGGCUUUUGCGCAUACGCUCUUUGACGGGUUGACUCAGAAGAACAUUGUUGCAUGGACUGUGAUGAUUUCAGGCUACAUCCGAUGUUGCAAGUUAAAAGAAGGAGCUGAUCUUUUCAAAAAAAUGAUUGAAGAAGGCCUUCGCCCAAAUGAAGUAACAUUGUUGAGUUUGAUCAUAGAGUGUGGAUCUCUUAAAGCUUUGCAACUCGGCAAACAGAUACAUGCAUAUAUCUCUAGACACUGUUUGGACAUCUCUAUAGCUGCGUCCGCUGGUCUAAUUGAUAUGUAUGGAAAAUGCAGCAACGCUAAAUAUGCUAGGGCACUCUUUGAUCACAUAGAGAACAGAGAUUUCUUCACAUGGUCAGCAAUGGUUUCAGCUUAUGCUCGAGCAGCACUCAUUGAUCAAACUUUCUAUUGCUUCGUCCUAAUGAGGGCCGAAGGGUUAAGUCCAGAUAGGGAAACCAUAGUCAACAUCCUACUCGCGUGCGCAGGCACCGGUGCAUUUGCCUUGGGCAGGCGGAUCCAUGUUUACCUCAACAAGUGUGGCAUGAAUGAUGUGAUUCUCAAAACAGCACUCGUCGACAUGUAUGCUAAGUGUGGCGACAUAGUUGGAGCCCAUGUGCUGUUUGCUGAGGCAAUAUAUCAUGACAUGUGUAUGUGGAAUGCCAUGAUUGGCGGUUACGGAAAGCAUGGUUGUGGAAAAGAGGCUCUGGAACUCUUCCGAGAAAUGGAGGAAUCGGGCAUUAAGCCGAAUGAUAUGACGUAUAUUGUAGUUUUGCAGGCUUGCAGUCAUGCUGGGUUAGUAGCAGAAGGAAAGAGGGUUUUCCAUGAAUUGGUCAAUAGCCGCGUGUUGGUCCCCAAAAUUGAGCACUAUGGAUGUAUGGUCGACCUUCUUGGUCGAGCUGGGAUGCUUGAGGAGGCAUAUGAAGUGAUCAAAAGCAUGCCAAUCAAACCCAACUGCAUUAUAUGGGGUGCUUUAUAUGCUGCCUCGAAGCUGUUUAAGAAUUCUAAGAUGGAGAUGUUGGCGUCCAAGCAGAUUACGGAAAUUGGACCUCGGAGUUCUGGUUACGAUGUUAAUGUAUAUAACGCUGCAGACAGAUGGAGUGAUGUAGAAGAGGUUAGGAGGAGAGUGACGAAUUCAAGAACUAAGAAAGAAGCAGGUGUGAGCGUCAUCGAAGUUGCCAUCAGAGGUUGA